CAUUCUCUCCUAAUCACCAGCCUCGCAAAUCCUCAGAUACAAAAUGGCUCCCAUCAAGGUCGGCAUCAACGGCUUCGGCCGAAUUGGACGUAUCGUCUUCCGCAACGCUGUUGAGCACCCCGAGAUCGAGGUCGUCGCCGUCAACGACCCCUUCAUCGAGACCAGCUAUGCUGCCUACAUGCUCAAGUAUGACUCCUCCCACGGUCUCUUCAAGGGCGACGUUACCGUCGACGGCAAGGACCUCGUCGUCAACGGCAAGAAGGUUCGCUUCUACACCGAGCGUGACCCUGCCAACAUCAAGUGGAGCGAGACUGGUGCCGAGUACAUUGUCGAGUCCACCGGUGUCUUCACCACCACCGAGAAGGCCAAGGCUCACUUGGCUGGCGGUGCCAAGAAGGUCAUCAUCUCUGCCCCUUCUGCCGAUGCCCCCAUGUACGUGAUGGGCGUCAACGAGAAGGACUACGACGGCUCCGCCGAUGUCAUCUCCAACGCCUCUUGCACCACCAACUGCCUGGCUCCCCUCGCCAAGGUCAUCCACGACAACUACGGCAUCGUUGAGGGUCUCAUGACCACCGUCCACUCCUACACCGCCACCCAGAAGACCGUUGACGGUCCCUCCGCCAAGGACUGGCGCGGUGGCCGUGGUGCUGCCCAGAACAUCAUCCCCAGCAGCACUGGUGCCGCCAAGGCUGUCGGCAAGGUCAUCCCCUCGCUCAACGGCAAGCUCACCGGCAUGUCCAUUCGUGUCCCUACCGCCAACGUCUCCGUUGUCGACUUGACCGUCCGCCUUGAGAAGGGCGCCUCCUACGACGAGAUCACCGAGACCAUCAAGAAGGCUGCCGAUGGUCCCCUCAAGGGAAUCUUGGCCUACACCAACGACGCUGUCGUCUCCACCGACAUGCUCGGCAACACCAACUCCUCCAUCUUCGACAUUGAGGCUGGUAUCUCCCUGAACCCCAACUUCGUCAAGCUCAUCAGCUGGUACGACAACGAGUGGGGCUACUCCCGCCGUGUCCUCGACCUCCUGGCCCACGUCGCCAAGGUCGAUGCCUCCAAGAAAUAAGUGCUGUGUUCCUCAGAAUGGGCCCCAGAAGGGCGUCGAGCAUUGUCUAUGAAUGCAAACAAAAAUAGUAAAUAAAUAGUAAUUCUGGCCAUGACGAAUAGAGCCAAUCUGCUCC